UGCAAAGCUCGACGACGAUCAUGGCAGCCAGACAAGUUCCAAUGAUGGAUGAGACGAAGACUGACACUGAACAAGACGAAAGUCUUCCUGCUGCCAUAAAAAUGAAGAUAUCGGACAGUGAAACUAGUGAAAUCAUUUUGGGCAACGAAAACAUAACUGGGACUCGGGUGAAAGUCAUUGGACGCAUUGAAAACAUCCGGACCACCAAGGCAUUUACAUUCGUCUAUCUCGCAGACACCCGCGCGACCCUCUUAUGUGUAUUUUCUGAUCAGCAAAAUGAGACCGCUAGAAUCUCACUUCAAAAACAAGCGACACUAGAAGUCUACGGAGAGAUGAGAGAAGUUCCACCGAAAAACAAAGCCCCAGGAGACAGGGAAUUACACGUCGACUUUUAUUCAACCAUUGGAAAAGCACCCGGUGGAUCAGAAGCUUUCAGCAACGUAGUCCCCGAGUCUGCCAACCAGGCAACGCUACCAGAUUUCCGGCACCUUGUUCUGCGAAGACCAGAAGAGGCAACUGUUAUGAAGUCACGUGCUGCAGCUUUAGAUACCUUCCGACAAUACUACAAAGCCCAUGACAUGAGAGAGUCCACGGCUCCAUCUUUCGUCCAAACUCAAGUUGGAGGAGGUUCGCUCUUUAGUCUUCAAUACUAUGGUCAGACUGCGUACCUGACGCAGACGUCACAACUGUAUCUCGAGACACAACUUCCCAUUCUUGGGGAUUGCUACGCCAUUCAAUCAUCGUUUCGAGCUGAGAACGCUCAUACCCGACUUCAUUUGUCGGAGUACACUCACGUUGAAGCAGAGCUUGAUUUUAUUGUAUUCGAAGAUCUGUUGCAACAUAUUGAGAAUGUUAUAUGUGGUGUCAUCGAUAUGUUACUGGCGGAUCCAGAAAGCGCGGCAUACAUUCAGACCCUCCACCCUGCUUUCAAAAGCCCAGCCCGUCCAUUUACGCGCAUGAGAUACUCCGAAGCAAUUGAAUGGCUCAACGAACACGGUAUCAUGGCUGAUGAAGGAGAACCGCACACUUUUGGUGUUGAUAUUGCAGAAGCUGCGGAAAGAGCUAUGACGAAUCGAAUUGGUGAACCCAUCAUACUUACUCACUUCCCCGUCCACCUCAAAGCUUUUUACAUGAAGAAAGAUGCAUCCGAUCCUCGAGUUACCGAGAGUGUUGAUGUACUUGUUCCAGGCGUAGGUGAAGUUGUGGGCGGAGGGAUGAGAAUUGAGGAUUAUGAGGAACUUUUUUCCGUCAUGAAGAACAACAAGUGGGAUUUGGCAUCAUAUUCAUUUUAUGCUGAUCAACGGAAGUGAGUUAGAGUUCUGCUUCAGAGAUACUUGGAUUGGGGCUAAUAUUUGUAAUCAGGUAUGGAAGCACUCCUCAUGGUGGUUAUGGAUUAGGUCUUGAGAGAUUCCUAGCUUGGAUUCUUCAUCGUCAUACUGUGCGUGAAUGUAUCCCCUUUCCGAGAUAUCCUGGAAAAUGGUAAGUCAAUUAUACUUGUAUUUGGGUCAUUUGGAAAUUGAUACUGACGAGCUAUAGCACCCCGUGAUUGUCACCAAUAGUUUUCUGUGCCCGUCCACCUUAGACGAGCUGGCAAUAUAAGGUUAUCAAUUGGGGGCCCGUUAUUUGCAGUAAUUACACGUCGUUAUUUGUAGUCAUGUUUGAAACUCUGCGCUAUCUUCAAGGCUUAGCUUGUUAUUUAGUCGAUUUCGGAGUUUUCUUUGCCCAGCCAUCUCAAAAUAAGGCUGAGUUCGUAUCGGAAUUACGAAAUUGGUGGAAAAUGUACUAGGAAUCUUGAAUUAUCGGAAAUAUGAACUGGCAAUACGUAGCCACAGC